AAUAAUAAUAAUAAUAAUAACAAUAAUAAUAAUAAUAAUAAUAAUAAUAAUAAUAAUAAUAAUAAUAGUAAUAAUAAUAAUAAUAAAUGUAAUAAUGAUAAUGAUAAUAAUAAUGAUAAUAAUAAUAAUAAUAAUAAUAAUAAUAAUGAUAAUAAUAAUAAUAAUUAUAAUAAUAAUAAUAAUAAUAAUAAUAAUAAUAAUAAUAAUAAUAAUAAUAAUACUAAUAAUAAUAUAAAUAAUAAUAAUCAUAAUUACUGUAAUAAUAAUAGUAAUAAUAAUGAAUAUAGUAAUAAUUAUAAUAAUGGUAAUAAUAAUAAUAAUAAUAAUAAUAAUAAUAAUAAUAAUAAUGACAAUGAUAAUAAUAAUGGUAAUAAUAAUGAUACUACUAAUACUACUACUAAUAAUAAAAAUAAUAUUAAUGAUAAUUAUUAUAAUAAUAAUAACAAUAGUAAUAAUAAUAAUGAUAAUAAUAAUAAUAAUAAUAAUAAUAAUAACAAUAAUAAUAGUAAUGAUAAUAAUAAUAAUAUUAAUAUUAAUAACAAUAAUGAUAAUAAUAAUAAUAAUAAUAAUAAUAAUAAUAAUAAUAAUGAUAAUGAUAAUAAUAAUGAUAAUAAUAAUAAAAAUAAAAACAAUAAUAAUGAUAAUAGUAACGAUAAUGAUAAUGGCCAUAAUAAUAAUAAUGAUAAUAUUAAUGAUAAUAAUAAUAAUAAUGAUAAUAAUAAUAAUAAAUAUAAUAAUAAUAACAGUAAUAAUAAUGAUAAUGAUAAUAAUAAUAAUGAUAAUAAUAAUAAUAAUAAUAAUAAUAAUAAUAAUGAUAAUAAUAAUAAUAAUAAUAAUAAUGAGGAUGAUGAGGAGGAUAAUACUACUACUACUAAUGAUAAUAAUAAUAAUAAUAAUAAUAAUAAUAAUAAUAGUAAUAAUAAUAAUAAUAAUAAUAAUAAUAAUAAUAAUAAUAAUAAUAAUAAUCAUAAUGAUAAUAAUAAUAAUAAAAAUGAUAAUGAUAAUAAUGAUGACGGUGAUAAUAAAAUUAGAAACAGUUAUAGUAAUAAUAUCAAUAAUAACUAUUAUUAUUAUCGAUAUUAUUAUAAGAAUAGAAAUAACAAUAAUAAUUACAAUAACAGCAACAACAACAACAAUAAUAAUAAUAAUAAUAAUAAUAAUAAUAAUAAUAAUAAUAAUGCCGAUUUCUCCAGGACUGAUAUUAUCCUCUGGCGCCACGUGGUUGAACCCGGCUUUCCAUGCCACGUGCCUGCCGCUUCUACCACGAGCUACGCGGUAGCUUCCGCGAACAGUCCUGCGCCCUGGUUGCGGUCUGGAUGCCUGACUAGCCUACAACAGCUUCUAGUACGUGCUGCGCCAGGCCCUGUCUUGGAUACUGAGGUAGUUGCCGUGGUCCCGUUACCCCUGGUUCCCACCGAUGACCCGAGUUACAGAAGGGAGAAUAAAUGUGAGGGACCCCGUGAUGCUGCCCUUGUACUGGAUGAGAUAUACUGGUCUCCGCAUCCACAGAGGCUGCUGCUUCGGCUGAAAGGACACCUAGCGCACACCCCAGCGCACCUGCACGAGGCUGCUGCUUAA